AUGCACUUGUGCAGUUGGGAACGCCAUGCAGAGCUCCAUCCUUAUUCUUGGUAUUUUGAGGCACCACAGGAUGUCCUCGAUGGCUAUGGGCUUCAGCAUGGUAAUAUUGUUCGUAUCUUGCUUGAUGGUACGUGCUACAUGUGCAUAACCUAUAGACGGGAUAGGCCGAAGGUUACAAUAGGCGGAUGCAUUACUCUGUUAGAGGACCCCGUAGUAGACAACCUUCAUGAGUCCAAUGGGCAGACCUCUGAAAUUAAUGUGGAAAAACUUUCCUCUGGUCUUAUCUUUAAGUCGGAGUUAGACUCCAUAACAAUCUGUCUUCCAUCGGCAUUUCGCCACACAGCAAUAAAGAAAGAAGCCAUCAGUAUCAUUAAAACGGUGAUGCAUGGAGCUCCGUAUCUUCACAACACUUGGAUGGGUAUCUGCCUCGUCAUGGUUAAAAUGAGGAUAAGAGUAACUCACACGGAAGAAAGUACUCAGACUGAACUAGAUGGUAAUCACACAACAAAUGUUAGACUUCCUCCCGUAUCAGAAUCUCAAUGUUCGUGGAUAGGGUGUACAGCUAUUAGAGACAGGCUUAGCUAUUGCCUAUCGUCCCCCUCUGUUUCUCAUUUUCUUAUCUCUGGCCCCAGAGGAAGUGGAAAAAUGACACUACUUAAAACCUGUUUACACAGAUUGGAAAAGUUUAACAGCCUCAUAGUGUCCGCCAAUGAUCUUCUUGAAGGGAAGAAUCUGUGGAAGGAGUAUACCAGCGAUAGCAUUCUAUCACCUGAUAGCUCUACGACCUCUAAUCGCAUCCUGUCUCAAGUCACGGAAGGAUGUAUCCGCGAUUUCUUUUCUAGCUAUAACGACUUUCUCCGUAUCUUAGCUGUGUCAUGUCAUGAGCAAGUGGACUUUUCGUUGCUCUCCAAAAAGUGGGAGGCGACACAAGGACGAGCCAAUCUAUCUUCAUCGUUAAUUAAUAUAAUAGUUAGAGCCGAUGCCUACGACUUUCUCAUCUUUAGGGAAUUCGACUCAGUAUUUGUCCAGCGGUCUGACUUGGCAUCCCCAGAGCAACGUCAACUAACUAGUACUCUUUUGAUGCUAUUAGACGGGGGGACAAAACGUUCUGUCGGUGCACAAGGCCGGUGCAAGUAUAUUGGAAUAGUCACCGAUCUGGCCACUGUAGAUGCAGCACUAAGGAGGCCUGGACGCUUUGAAGAGGCAGUCACCCUCACAAAUCCAACAUUUGAAAUGCGAAGCCAGUUCUUGCAGAAGGUCUUUGCAGACCGUGGCAACACCUUAGAUAGCUCAGUAGUAGAAUCGUUGACGAAGGCUACGGCAAGUAUGCCACUAGGCGACAUCAAAGAGCUGCUCACUAUGUGUGGUGCUGGUGAUCAGGUGCACCUAGUUAAAGCCGUGCAGCAGCACGUACAGGAGUUUAGAGGACGAAACACUCUAGAAUUGUCAGGUGAACUAUCGUCUUGUAGGGUUCCUGAUCCCAGCCCCUUCGAGCCCUUUGAGGUAGUCUCUGUACAUGAGGAUGUCUUGAGCAAAUUAACUGACAUCAUACUAAUGCCUGUAUUGUACAAGGACUUAUUCUGGAAACUGAUGAGGAGCAGAUCUUCCGGUAAUAUCUUGUGCAUGGGGUGUGCAGGCUCAGGUAAGACAUUUUUAAUUCGUAGAUUGAUUAGGCAACUUUCAGGCCGUAUAAACUUUUUUGAACUCAAUUGUGCACAGGUGUUUUCGCUAUACGUUGGGCAUACGGAGAAGAACAUUAGAAAAGCAUUUCAAGAGGCCCGGAGCAACAUGCCGUCGGUUCUCAUUUUGGACAACUAUGACUCUUUGGCUGGAAAUCGUGAUUCAGGGGAUACCUCUGGUGACUCCGUGGCGUCUAGAGUGUUAGCUACCUUGCUGGUGGAAUUGGAUGGGCUCUCGACGGGAAGCUUCGGCCAGGUUACUGUCCUCGCUAUAACGAGCCGUCCAGACUGUAUUGACCGGGCUUUAAUUAGGCCUGGUAGAGCUGACCACAAGAUACUCAUAGGACAUCUUCCUAAAGAAACUAUCAUGGAAGAAAAGAUGUGGACGGAGAUUGAAAGGCUUUACAAUCUAACAUUCGCAGAUGUGAGUGCAAUAAAGGAAUGCAUAAGAAACGGCUAUGACCGCGGACUCUGUAUCACCGUUGGAUCUAUUAUUAGAAAGAGCCGGCUCCUGGCUUCUAAGGCUGUCUCCCUGGAGCAGGCACUAGACGACCUAACUAAAGCUAUGGUUGUGGCAGACUCAUAA